AUGGACAGCUAUAAUGACGCUUUCAUUAAAAACUUCAUCACCUUCACCCUCAGUGUCAUCAUCAUGUCCAUCAACGCAUCUUUUGUCUACACCUAUUUUAAGAGCCGAGUGUUCCAGCGAGAUCCAAGGUAUGUGCUGUACACCCACCUGGUGAUCAACGACAUGAUUUUGCUAACCAUUGCUGUGGUGCUGCAAAUCACACUUUAUGUUGCCUCCCUGAGCCUCAUCCCUUGCUGUCUCUUGCUGCUAAUGGCAAUCACCACUAACAAGAACAGCUCUUUGAACCUGGCCGGCAUGGCUAUCGAGCGUUACGUUGCUAUUUGCCGGCCUCUCCACCACGCCAAGAUCUGCACCCGGCAGCGCACCUACAUUCUGAUUGGUUUAAUCUGGGGCGUAUCUUUGACCCUCGCCCUCACCGACAUCUUCAUCUUCUUUGCCACCCAGCCCUUGUCCAUUUUCUCUAGGACCAUCCUUUGCUACGCUAGUGCUGUGUACAGCACACCACACCACAGGGCCAAAAGCAUGGUUGUUCAGGUUCUUGUCUUCGCCGUUGUCUUCCUGAUAUUGAUCAUUACCUACAUGAAGGUGUUUUUUGCAGCCAGGACCGCCUCUGGCACCAACCAGGACUCUGGCAGAAAGGCCUGCAACACCAUUCUCCUCCAUGGAGCUCAGCUUCUCAUAUACAUGCUGUCCUUCCUGUCUCCAUUCAUCAACAUCAUUUUAGUCACUGCUCUGCCAAACAGCCGCACCAACAUAGUCUUCUCAACCUAUUUGUUUACCAAUGUCCUGCCACGCUUACUUAGUCCGCUCAUCUAUGGCAUCAGAGACCAGAAGCUUAGAAGCCACCUGAAACUGUAUUUCCUCAAGGGAUGUUUCCGCCCCAUGGCCAAGAAGGCAAAACCAAGGUCAUGA